AUGAGAUUCUCAACGUCCAAUAUUGCCAUAACGGCCUCUUCAUUGAUACUAUGGGCUCCUCGUGUGGCCGCAAUUAACUAUAAUGCCACUACAUAUGUCGACUGUUACAAAUCGGUUCCUGGCUUCAUAGACAAUGGCACGUACACAUAUCAAAGCACAGGGUGGUGCCAAGAACAAUGUGUACCCAUGGGCUACUCUGUAAUGGCCUUGUUAGAUGGGAAGAGUUGCUACUGCGGCGAUGAACUUCCCCCCAACUCAACCCAGACCAGUGGCUGUGAUACUCCAUGUCAGGGAUUUGGCCAGGAUGAUUGCGGUGGUACUGAUGUAUAUGGUGUCUUUCUCACUGGUUUGACAUCGGACGUUUCUAUCAUGUCGGAGAGCUCUUCUACCUCCUCCUCCUCCACUACCUCCACCUCCGCCUCCUCCUCCUCCACCACAAACGGCGUGACGGUUAUUACCCAAGCGGGAGAGACGAUCGUCGUGACAGCGUCCAGCUCCGCUACCAGUGCUGCUGCAAAAUCCUCGGGUCACUCCGACACCGCCGGCAUUGCUGCCGGUAUUGUCGUGGGCAUCGUCGGUGCGUCUGCCAUAAUUGGCGCCGCCAUCUUCUUUCUCCGACGCCGACAAAAACAACGGGUUGAAGACGAAUAUAGACGAAAUGCAGAAAUCAAUGCAUUUGCUCAAAAACCAUCGUCGGUCAGCUCGGAUGCACGGUGGGAUAGCGACUACAUGGCUCAACGACGCCAAAGCAAUGGCAGCAUUGCUGAUGACCAGGACUUUUCACGGCGAAUCCUCCAGGUUACCAACCCUGAUCGCUGA